CAGUGCAACUCAGCAGUGGUUCACAGAUUUACAACUCGUUUUAUUAUUGUUUUGUUCAAUCUGUCUUCUCUCGGUAAAUUUUCGUUUAUCAAGUAUCGAGUCAACAGGAAGUGUGAAUUUUCGAUUGAAUUUAUUUUAAAAUGGUAGAUAAAGCAGGUCUUCUAGAAUGCGUCAUUUGUCUGGAUCCACUUGAGGCACCAAUCGUGCAAUGCGAGGUGGGUCAUUCCAUCCACCAAGGCUGUUUCACCCGACGUCACAUCACCAUUUGUCCGAAAUGUCGCAGACCGAUGUCAAAUAGGCGCAACAUUGGACUGGAAGAACUUCUGGAAAGCUUAAAAGAUACUAUAAAGCUACCGUGCAGGAACAAAUCGAAGGGAUGCAAGUACGAUCUGACAGGCCAAGAACGAAAUGCUCACGAAAAUGAAUGUAGGUACAGGGAGUUCAAGUGCGAAGGAGCAUCAUACGCUGGCUGGGCCUGUGAUUGGACUGGUGACUACAAGGAUUUAGAAAAUCAUUUUAAGGAUCGCCACAAAUCAAAAACCCUGAUGCAAUACAGAACAGAAUUUAACAUCCCCAUCGACUUCAAAAGCGACUACAAGGACCUACACCUCAUCUCUUUCUUCAACGGUCAAAGCUAUUUUUACUACAAGCACCAAGUGGACGCCUCCAAAAAGAGAAUCUACUGGACGUUCCAGUAUAUCGGGUUUCAGAACAUGGCCAAACACUAUUUUUACGAGUUUGAAGUGUCAAACGGGCCUGUCAGGAAGUUCAAAGUCACCGAGCUAUGUCACAACGACACCGUCGAUGUUAAGGAUAUAUUCGGCAUAGAGAAUUGCGUAGUGAUGUCGUUUAAAGCGGCUAAAAACUUUUUGAAUGAGGAAAAAGAACUUUGCUGUAAGUUUAGGCUAUCCAAAAUUAAGAAUACACCGUCUUAAGUUAUUAUGUUUUUUUUUUCAUGUAAAUUUGAUAUUUUUUAUAAUUUUUAAGUAUAUAUGUCUAAAAAUGUAUAGUUAAAAGUAAUUUUAUGUUUGUGCUUUUCAUGUAGCUACGAGAAAAACGAAAUUUCACAAUAUAUUGUCUGUACAAGGUGUCUCAAAUAAAUGCAUGAAAUAAUAAA